AUGACAGACGCCGCCAAUGUGAACGGCGUCACGAAUGGAGCUCAUCCGCUCUCGUACGACACGUCCAAUAUCCUGGAAGCCUUGCAAGUCAUUCACAAUCCCACCACAAAGAACGAUGUCCGGCGAGAAGCCUCCGACUAUUUAGAAAAUCUGAAAACAAGCCCCGAGGCGCCUCAAUAUGGCUUUUCUCUGUCCACGGAUCUAUCUCAUCCGCCGAUGGUUCGGCACUUUGGUCUUUCUCUGCUCAGCCACAUCAUCCGCCACGAGGGUCAUAACCUCACCGAACAGCAGAACGACCAGCUCCGGGAUUGCAUUCUUGACAUAGGCCGAUCAAUCUUGCCGUCAGACCUCCCCUUCAUUCGCAACAAGAUUGCAGAGCUGUGGAUAGAGUUGGCCAAACGAAGUUGGGCUUUGGACUGGUUUGACCUGGAUGGGCGGCUGGUCCAGUUGUGGUCGCAAGAACUUGUUCAUAAGGACUUUGUCCUGACUGUGUUGGAAAACCUUUCUGAAGACAUUUUUGUCCGCGAUGACAACAUUGCUAUUUUACGUGGGAGGGAUCUGAACUCGGCACUGGUCGAAAUCUUCACCUCAAAGUCUAACUAUGCUGGAGGCAUCAAAAUCGGCGACACCGUACAUCAAGUGCGCUGUGGAGAUGAAGGAUGGCUUACAAGAAUCAGACAGUUUCUGGAUGAGUGUGCGAAAACCCCAAGUCUGGAUGGCGCUCUCAAAGAUACAGCUCUUAAAGGCCUGGCAACUUUCCGAACUGUCUUCAUCUGGGUCAUGACGCCAUCCAUUGUGAAUUCGAUGUCGUUGGCGGUGACCUGCAACUUCCUGACCAAGGCAGACCCAGACCUUGUCAUGGCCGCUGUCGACGCUCUCCUCUCUUUAUAUGGGAGGACCCGCCUGGAACAGGUAGAGGUCCAGGCUCUUGUCUACCCCCUCAUUCAGCCGGACAGUAUCGCCACACUACGGCAGCUUUAUACGUGGUCGAUUGUCUCCUUCGAUGACAUUGACAGCAGCAAAUAUGUCAUCUCGAAAAAGCUAUCAGAGUUAAUGUCCUUCCUUACUGAUCAUACGUGUCAGUACGCACCUCCGGACGCCAGCACAUUCGACCUCUCACCAUUCCUGCACUUCUUAAUUGCUAUUGCUGAACAUGAAAGCCUCAUUGUUUCUAUUCCGGUAAUCCAUUCUUGGGUAAAGUUGUUGGAGGUACAAGCGUGGAGAAAAGCUGGCGUGGUUUCUCAGUGCAUUGGUCCACUUUUGCAACUUGCAUCUCAGCGCCUCAUUCAAUAUGAUCAGCUUCCUGAAGGCGCAGAGGACACUGUCGUGGCCUUCGUCAACGACGAGAUUGAACUGUUCCCCGAACGGCAGGGAUUCUACCUCAAUUACCGCAGACUUUGUUCGGCAGUCAUCGAAUGGAUUUGCUACGCUCAAUUAGAGGAGGCUAUGCAAGCAGUCAUGACUAGAGUCGAUGAGCUUUUGGAUGAAGUCCAAGCCUCAGAGCAGCAACUCGAUCUUGCGAGAUAUGAAAGGGUAUCCAUGAACGUUCUGCGGGCUGAUGCGUACUUUGCCAUGGUUGAUGCAGCUUUCAAAGGACUUGAUCGCUGGCAAACGCGGCAUCGAGAGGGGCGGACCCCGGAACAAGAGCAACUUGUGCUCAAAGUGAGGGAAGCUUCUAAGGCUUGGAUGCUCGAUAUGCUGAAGAGGAGAGAUUUCAAAGACCCGCAGAUCAGACAGCGACAGAUCAAGACGGCAGUUGAGGUCUCCAACCGGGCCCUACAGAAGGACACCGGGUUUGCCUUCAGUGUACUCGAACACAUCCUGUCAUCAUUCAUAAUCACUCAACAACAGCACUCUAUUUAUGCUGAGGCCGUCAGUGAGCUUCACAGCUAUGCCACAGGCGAGUUGAGAAGAUUGGCGGUUCAACAUGCGGACUAUUUUGUGACUUUCUACGACCAGCUCGAAAGUAGGUUUACAGACCUCAUCAACCAGCUCGGUGCGGAUGAGCGACUACAAAUCGACCUUAAGUCGACUCUUUUCUCUGUCAUUCAGCGUGCUGGGGCUGUGGACUACGCACAACGUCAAGCCAAACUGGAAGGGUUUCUUCAACCGAUCGCUGCCGCUUGGGCGGAUGAUAGCUUGCAAGCCACCCUUCAGAGUGUGGAGAGCUUUGCUCACUCCCAGGCUUUCGAUCGGGUUGGACCGUACCUGGCGUCGAUACAGGCCGCAAAUAUCGAGGAUUGGUCUCAAACCUCGUAUGAUGAUCGUGCGGUACAGAUCCAGCAAGAGAUGCUGACAGCCUUCUCAAAGCUGCCACUCAGAGAAACCAGAGUGCUGCUCAGUAUAUCCACUGACAGACUCGAGCAAGGCUCGGCCCUACACAAAAUGAUUUGUGACUUGUGGUCACCCAUCAUUCCAAACAUGCUGAGCCACGUCCUCCGACUCACCAGCUACAACCACCAGUUGCAUGACCCUGCUUCAUGGCCCAAUGUGCCACCAGAACUGCAAGGGGUGAUCCGACGAGUUCUACGGGAUCGGUACUGGCAGUCCGGCAUAUCUACCGGUUCGAUGAAUGAUUUCCACAGCAAGGUCAAAUCUACCAAGUCGACGCUUGAAGGGUUUGCCUCGUCGGUGCGAGGAAGGAUACGCAAUAAUCUCGAACAAUGCUACAGCAUUCUGCAUACAUUAGGAAGACUGGGGCCGACUUUUUACAGCUUGCAGCAGCUUCCCGAAAUGAUUGCCGAAGCCGCCAUCAAAACCACGGCGCCGCUAAGCCCUCAUCACUUUACGGUUAUGAUCCAGAUGCUGCCGAAAUUGAUCGAUGAGUGCCCGCCCGAGACUCGGCAACACUUCCUGACACCCAUCUUGUCUGCACUGUUAGAGCAGAUGGACACCAAGCUGUCGAACGAAUGGGUGAAGAUGGACGAGAGGAAACAGACCAAGCAGGAGGGGGAGAAUCUGAGCGAGGAGAUGAGAGAUGACUCGGUACUGAGACAGACGACGUAUAAGGCGGUCAACCUUGUUGCGCACUGGUUGAACCCAAAGCGCGAACAGCAGCUCAUCACGAAAAAGUCGAUUGUUAAUGGCAACUACUUGACGCAAGAGCACCAGCGGACGAUGCGCGAGUUCUUGCUUUCCAAUGUCCGCAUCCUUGACCGGUUGCUCCUGUUCGUCACACACGCACUGGCCUACAAGGACACCAGGUCAUGCUACACGAUGCUCGGGGCCGUGCAGCGCAUGGUGCCGGACUUUGCGUUCGACCAAUACAUCUCGGGCCAGGAAGCCACGGCGGUGCGUGAGUUCAUCUCGACCGACAUGCUUAAGACGGCUAUCACAUGCCUGAACGACGGCUACUUCGCCGAUCAGCAGCAAUACUACGCGCAGCUGAUCGCGACCAUCUGGUUGUCGUAUGGCCUGCCGGUCCACGUCUCGGCCACCGAGACGGUGCCGGCGCACGAACGGCCGCCGCUUACCUCGACGCCGCGCGACGUCAUUCUCAGCUUGCCCGGCAUGUCCGACGACAAGGUCGACAAGACUGCCGCCCAGCUUGUACAGGAGGGACUAGGUGCCCGGUCCAAGAAGCUUCGAGCAAUCAUCCUGGCGCUGCUCGAGGGCGUCCGCGGCGUGAGAGUCAGCGAGCUCGGCAAGAUCGACAUGCGUCAGCAGCAGUCGAAGAUCCUGGAGAAGUAUAAGCAGCGCGAGCUGCUGGGGAUGCAGGGCGUGGAGGACGGCCUUCUUCAAGGCGGUGCUGGACCCGGUGGGCCCGACGACGGCGUCGACUUCAGUGGCGUAGCGGACAUGUUUGCGAGCUAG